CCCUUUAUCACAAAGACGCCAUUUGUACAGGAAAUAUUGAAACAAUAAAACUGAUCCUGUAAUUCAAAUGCCAUAAUAGAGCUUUGUUAAUUCUCUUUUGAUUUCAUGUUUUUGAUUAAUUACAGUUAUACACGGUACAAAAGUAACAUUAAAUACAUGGUGUGAUAGGAGAUAAAGCCUAAAGACAAAGAUGCAGAAUGCAGCAUUUCCUUCCCAGGAAUAUCAAAAUUGCACAAUACGUGGAUUGCCUAUCACCGCACCUUUUAGGAUACAGUAUGAUGUUCAAGGCAAAGACAGUAAGAUUGGAACCUUUAUCAUACUGCCGUUUCAAAUGACUUUAUCAGGAAGCCAGCUUUUUGACUUCACUAGUCCAUGUGAACUUGAAACUGAAGAUGAGAACCUACAGGAAGAAGAAACACAUUAUUUUGAAGAAACACAUGACAGGUCUUGUGACGAAUCAGAUUAUCCUGAAGAUGCAGUGAAUGAAGGUUGUAAAAUUAUCAUAAAGACUGAACCAGAAGAUUCCAAUAAUAUCUGUACUCCAUCUUAUUUGAAUAAAGACACUAUACCGAAAAAAUACAAGCAAGGAAAUACUCCUAAUGUAAAAAGCAAAAAGAAACAAACACAUAAAAAAUCUGCGGACAAAGCAGAUGCAACAGAACAUUCUUCUGUUUUCAAAAAUAAAAGGAAAGAAUCAAAUGAGGAAGACGAGGAACUUUAUGAAAUACAGAAGCCAAAACUUGUGAAACUGGAAGAUACUGUUGAUGAAGAAAAUCAUGAUUCACAUAGAAAAAGUACUAGGCUCCGAUAUAAAGGAUUUAGACCAGAUUAUCAAAAUGUUGAAAAUAAAAUUGAUAAAGUUUUAAAGUAUCUAGAGGGAGAUGAAAUAAUUUCAGACGUUGAAGAAAACGAACAUCAAGAAACAGAUAUGAAAGAAGACAAUGAAGGAACUGACAGUGAAAAUGAAAAUGAUGUUGAAAGUUACAAAGUGUUUCAAAAGCCUAAAAGGAAUAAAGAUCCCGAUUUUGACCCUCAAGAAUUCAAUAAAGAUAAAAUAUAUACAAGAAGCUAUGACGAUGAAGUUGAGAAUGAAAGAAAUGUUCUUAGUGAUAGCAGUGAAAGUGAUGAGUCUUACACUGAUAGCGAUACAAGAAGUAGUGAUGGUAAUAUUCGUAGUAAAAAUGUAAAAAAGAAGACAUGGACAAAGAAGCCACAGACGAAAAGAAUACAUGUAAAGCUAGAAGACCAUCAAGACAAAUACAGGAUAGAAGCGUUGGACUCCAUUGCUAGGAAAGACAGAGGAAAAUCAGAUUUUGAAAGAUGUGUAAUGGUAUAUGCUUGCACGUUAUGCAACAAUUUUACCAGUGAAAGCAUAGAAGGUAUUGAAAGUCAUUUAGAAAAUCAUCUAAAUGGCGAACUGAACUGCAAAGAUUGUGAUUUCUUUUCCAGCAGUGUUGGAGAGGUUUUACUUCACAGAGCACAAAUGCACAAAAAAGAUUGUAGGGUUUGCCCAGAAUGUGGAAUCAAAGUAGGGUAUGGUAGACUAAAAACUCAUUUCGGUUUAGUUCAUGAUAAUCCACAAUAUGUGUGCGUAUAUUGUCAAGAAAAUGAAGGGAUGAUAAUAAAGUAUGCAACGUGUAAUCUCCUUCGUAGACAUUUAAAAGAAUCUCACAGUGAAGUUUGUAUUAUGUGCAAGAGGUGUGGAAAAGUAUUUUUAAAGCAAGAUCAUUUAAAAUACCAUGCAACUCUAUGUAGUGGUAAGAAGGAAACAAGCUGCCAAUGUGAAAAAUGUGGAAAGAAGUUUGCAAGUGAAAGCAAUCUUACACGUCAUACGGAAAGAGUUCACUUAAAAGUACGAAAAUAUUUAUGCACAGAAUGUCCAUUUGCUGCAAAGUCCUCUUCAGUUAUGAAAAAUCAUCAGUUAGUCCAUCAAGGAGUACAUCCAUUCCAGUGCGAUCAGUGUGCCUUUACCUGUGUUCAGGCUUAUCAGCUGAAAUCACAUAUGCGAACACAUACUGGAGAGAAACCAUACAAAUGUACACAGUGUAAAUAUGCUGCAGCAUGGAAUGUUCAGCUCAAGGAACAUGUAAAAGUUCACAGUAUGGAGACAGCAGCCAUGUGCCAGAACUGUGACAUCAUGUUCAAAAAUGAAAAGACACUUAACCUUCAUAUAAAAAAGCAAAAGUGUGUGUUGUAAAUGUCACCUAGUAAUCAACAAAUAACUACAUAUACAACAUAUAGUUGAGUUUUAUGAGCAGGAAGUAAGUAAGUGAUAUGGAUACAUCUUAACCGGCUGAACAGUGUUGGUUAUCGAGAGUAUAUCUCUAGCAUAAAUUACCAAUAAAUAGUAUUGGUCAUUCCUUUAAUUCCAACUAAAUGCCGCAUAAGCUGUCGUAGUGAUACCAGGGUUGAUUGAAAGGAUAUUAUAUUGUCUGUUUUUUUUUCAUUUCAUAUUAUGAUUUUUAGCUCACCUGAGCACAAAGUGCUCAGGGUGAGCUUUAAUGAUCGCCCUGUAUCCGUCAUCCGUCGUCGUCCAUCGUACGUUGUCAACAAUUUGACUGUUAACACUCUAGAGGUCACAAUUUUGUCCCAAACUCAAUAAAAUCUUGGACGAGUUCGAUAUUGGAUCAUCUUGGGUCAAAUGCUAGGUCACCAGGUCAAAUCAAAGGAAAAACUUGUUAACACUCUAGAGGUCACAAUUUUGGCCAAAUCUUAAUGAAACUUGGUCAGAAUGUUACCCUUAAUGAAAUCUUGGACGAGUCCGAUAUUGGGUCAUUAAGGGAUAAAAACUAGGUCACCAGGUCAAAUUAAAGGAAAAGCUUGUUAACACUCUAGAGGUUACAAUUUUGGCCCAAUCUUAAUGAAACUUUGUCAGAAUGUUACCCUCAAUAAAAUCUUGGACAAUUCCGACAUUGGGUCAUCUGGGGUCAAAAACUAGGCCACUAGAUCAAACCAAAGGAAAAGCUUGUUAACACUGUAGAGGCCACAUUUAUGACUAUCUUCGUGAAACUUGGUCAGAAAUGAUCUUUAGGACAGGUUCAAAUCUGGGUCAUGUAGGGUAAAAAAAUAGGUCACCAGGUCAAAUCAGAGGAAAAGCUAUUUAACACUCUAGAAGCCACAUUUAUGACCGUAUGUUAAUGAAACUUUUUCAGAAUGUUAGCCUUGAUGAUCUUUAGAUCGAUUUUAAAUCUGGGUCAGGUUUGGUCAAAAACUAGGUCACCAGGUCAGAUCGAAGGAAAAGCUAGUUAACACUCUAGAGGCCACAUUUAUGACCAUAUCUUAAUGAAACUUGGUCAGAAUGUUAAUCUUGAUGAUCUGUAAGUGAAAUUUAAAUCUUGAUCAGGAGGGAUCAAAAACUAGGUCACCAUGUCAAAUCAAAGGAAAAGCUUGUCAACACUCUAGAGGCCACAUUUAUGGCAAUAUCUCUAUGAAACUUGGUCAGAACGUAAUCUUGAUAAUCUUAAGGCUAAGAUUAAAUGUAGGUCAGGUGGGGCAAAAACUAGGUCACCAGGUCAAAACAUUAAAGGAAAAACUUGUUAACGCUCUAGAGGCUACAUUUCUGACUGUAUCUUCAUGAAUCUUGGUCAGAAAGUUAACCUUGAUGAUCUUUAGGUCAGAUUCGAAUCUGGGUCAUGUCAGGUCAAAAACAAGGUCAUCUGGUCAAAUCAAAGGAAAAGCUAGUUAACACUCUAGAGGCCACAUUUAUGAUCGUAUCUUAAUGAAACUUGGUCAGAAUGUUAAUCUAAUGAUAUAAAGGUCAAUUUCAAAUCUGGGUCAAGUGGGGUCAAAAACUAGGUCACCAGGUCAAAUCAAAGGUAAAGCUUGUUAACAAUCUAGAGGCCACAUUUAUGAUUGUAUCUUCAUGAAACUUGGUCAGAAUGUUAAUCUUCAUGAGCUUUAGGUCAAGUUAGAAUCUGGGUCAUGUGGGGUCAAAAACUAGGUCACUCGGUCAAAUCAAAGGAAAAGCUGGUUAACACUCUAGAGUAGAGGCCACAUUUAUGAUCAUAUCUUAAUGUAACUUGGCCAGAAUGUUAAUCCUGAUGAUCUCAUCUUUAGGGCAAUAGGUCAGGUGAGCGAUACAGGGCCUUUAGGGCCCUCGUUUGUAUGUCAUAAUGUAAUUUUGUAGAAAUGAAAUGGUAAGUGUGGCCUUGAAACAAAAUAAAUUGUUGUUUUAGUAAAUUACAUUUUGGUAUACAAGUAUGCCCACGGGCAGAAUGUCAAGCCCGCCAGCUGUCAAGUGUGACCUUGAUUUUGGACCUAGGGACCUGAUUCUUGCGCAUGGCACUCGGUCUCAUAAAUGGUGAGCAUUCAUGCCAAGUUACAUCAAAAUCCCACUAUGCAUGAAGAAGAAAUGCUCAGGACAAACUUCAAUUUGACCUUUGACCUCCAACUGUGACCUUGACCUUUGAGAUAGGAACAUGGGGUUUGCGCAUGACACGCCUUCUCAUUGAGAUUAACAUUCAUGCCAAAUAUAAACAAAAUGGGACGGACGCACGCACAUACACCGAACCGCCAAAAGUGGCGACUGUAUCGAACUCGCCGCAAGUGGGCUCGACAAAAAUGUGGACGUUUUUAAAGUGUGUGUAGGUUGAAGAACUGUGUAUUUUAUAUCCAAAUGGAAAUUAUUUCACCGUGAUUAAAAUGUAUAUCUUACAUCAA